GGUAUCAGUGAUGAACCCAUUCACCUCAAAGUCUUCUCACCCAAUGUUGUCAACCUCACACUUGUGGACCUUCCUGGCAUCACCAAAGUGCCAGUGGGAGACCAGCCCAAAGACAUCGAGAUUCAGAUCCGUGAACUGAUCGUGAAGUACAUCUCGAAUCCCAACUCCAUCAUCCUGGCUGUGACCGCCGCCAACACAGACAUGGCGACGUCAGAGGCCCUCAAAGUGGCCCGUGAAGUCGAUCCUGAU